AUGACGUCACUUUCAACGAGUUCUGGUGGCGAGCCAAAGAGGCACGCCUGUACGCUCAAAAACCCACCGGAGAAAGCUCUGAGGGUCAAGCCUGAUCCCCUAGUAUAUCCUUCACCACCACUCCAGCUAUUCUACACCGCGCCUCAAGGCCCACUUCACGAGCUACACCCAGAGCCGAGACACAUUUACCGCUACUGGCAGAUCUUUGUUGACUCGAUCAACCCGCUAAUUAAGAUCGUCCAUGUGCCAACCCUACAGCAGCGUAUCAUGGAUGCCAGCUGGGACCUUGUCAACAUUCCUCGGCCGCUCAAGGCUACCAUGUUUGCGAUCUAUACACUCGCAGUCACAUCUCUCACUGCAGAUGCCUGCCUCACCUCUUUUGGAGAGGAGAAAGACCAGCUUCUGCACAGAUACAGAACCGCAACAGUGCACGCUCUGAUUGAAGCCGACUUCCUCACCUCGCGUGACCUUGAGGUCUUGCAAGCAUUCAUGCUGUUUCUUUAUGCAGAUCCCGAGUCGGAGAUCACUUCUACGCUCACUGCUGCCGCAGUCAGGGUGGGCAAAAAGAUGGGCCUACAUCGCGAGAAGGUCGAUCCCAAGAUCACCGUUUUCGAGCAAGAGAUGAGGAUACGUGUCUGGUGGCAGUUGAACGGUCUCAAUAGCCGGAGCAUUGCUGUCUAUGUUCCCGAGUCCCAGCCGCCGCCUCCAUCAGAGUUUGGCAACAUUCGUCUACCUCUGAAUGUCAACGAUGCAGACCUUCACCCAGACAUGGCUGAAUUCCCUCGCGAACAUGAUAGUCCAACCGAGAUGAUAUUUGUCCUGGUCAAAUUGCAAGUGUAUCACUGGCUGCGGUCCUCGAAAACAGCCCCAAAAAUGUUUGAGAGCAUCAUCUAUGCCCCGGACCGAAAGAACAUCACACCGAGGAUGGAAAAUGACGCCAUCACUGAGCUAGAACACCAAUACUACGGGAGGUUCUUGCGAAAUUCGGACUCAAACAUACCUCUUCACAAACUGGCCCAGGGUUUGGCUGGCCUUGCUCUGGCGCGCUUGAGAUUCAAAAUCUACGGCCCACGAUUACGGACAACGUCCAUCGAAAAGGAAGUGCCUAUAACACCGGAGGAAGGCGAGAUGCUAUUCGAUGCGGCAGUGCGUAUGCUGGACCUCAUCGAAAUCGGAACUCGGAGUAAAUUCUCUGCGCACCUAUUCACUCACCUAAUCUCCAAAUCCCACGUCGCCAAGUCACAGAUGAAUGCAUAUAUCUAUGUUCUCAGUGACUUGCGUAGGCGAGCCUGGGGAGAAAAGGUGGCGUCUGCCUGGAACUUGAUCGGGGACCUAUACCACAAUCAUCCCGAGCUGCUUACUGAGGUCGAUAAUACGUUCGUCCACGCUCUUGGCGAUUUGACACUGGAAGCGUGGAGCACGCGGAUCGCGGAGCUGCUCAAGGAUCCUAACGUCCAUGAAGCCGACGUCACGCCGUCAUUCAUCGAUGCUCUUCGGGAGCAGAGGCAAGGGCCCCACGAAUACGCAGAAGCCGGCGACAUUCCGUCGUUCCCGGACGGUUCCCAGCUGCUUGACAAUUUCGACUUGACUGAUAUCAACGACCUCAACUGGACGACUUGGAACGACUUUAUGCGCUUGUAG